AUGUCCGUCUCCCCGCCGUCAGACGUGUAUGUGAAAAACACGGAUGGACAAAUGGACUCUGCAAUGGAAACGGGCGAGUGUUCGGCCACAGAGAAUGGAGGACAACACGAAAAGACAGAAGUACUCAAAACUGAACCAGAAACAGAGGACACUUUUAAAAAGCCGGCUCUUUUCGCAGCGCCCUCCCUCACCAGCAAACGCAGUAACGUCUCUGCUCCGUCCAAACCAACAGCAGCCGACAAUAAACAUGCGACAGAAAACAACGGAGCUCAAGUUGUGGACACUACUCACGAGAACUCUUCAGGUCAAGUAAACGAGGACAAAACCACAGAAAAGGACCAAGAAGAGCACGAGAAAGGCGUUAAAACCAAGAAUGCGGCUCCUGUCAAACCCAAGCCAGAAGCCAAACCCCGGGUGCUCCCCGCUAAAGGGCCCCCGGCUGGUAAAUUCCCCCCUGUCCCAUACACAGAGCCACCCUGGGGUGGCACCGGUUCUGAUGUCCCAUAUGCUCUGGAAAUCCUUAAAAACGGCACCAUAGUGGACACGGUGCCCCUCACACAGAAAAGUUACUUCGUGGUCGGACGUUUACCUGUGUGUGACGUCUCUUUGGAGCACCCGUCCAUCUCCAGGUAUCAUGCGGUGAUCCAGUACCGCAGAGAGGCUGGAGAGGGGGGCUCUGUCGGAGAGGAGAGGGGCUUUUACAUCCACGACCUGGGCAGCACACACGGCACUGUGGUGAACAAGAACAAGAUCCCCCCGAAAACCUACAUCAGGCUCCGCGUGGGACAUGUGUUAAAGUUUGGUGGGAGCACGAGGCUUUUUAUUCUGCAGGGUCCUGAGUUUGAUGAGGAAGAGGAGUCUGAGCUCACAGUGACCGAGCUGAGGGAGAAAGCCCGAAAACAGAAGGAAGAGCUGGAAAAGAGGAUGAUGGGAGACGACUCCGAUGAUGACGAGGAGGAGGAGAAGGAGGAAGACACACAAAACAAAGGCCAAAGCAAACCUUCAAAUGAAGACUCGGGCUGUUCCUGGGGAAUGGCUGAGGAGGCGGUUCCAGAAGAAGAUGAGAACGAGGAAAACCCUUUCUCAACCGAGUUCCACGAAGACCAGGAAGCUGCCUACCUGAAAGACCCAAAGAAGGCUUUGCAGGGCUUCUAUGACAGAGAGGGAGAGGAGCUGGAGUUUGAGUAUGAAGACAAAAGCCAUGGCAGCUGGCUCUGCAGAAUAAAGCUUCCGGUGGACGACGCUGUGGGCCGGCAGCUGGUUGCUGAGGUGACCCACACAGGGAAGAAGAAAGAAGCGGCCAUCCAGUGCUGCCUGGAGGCCUGUCGAAUGCUGGAAGCCAGAGGGCUGCUGCGCCAGGAAGCAGUGUCCCGUAAGCGUAAGAAGAAGAACUGGGAGGAUGAGGAUUACUACGACAGUGACGACGACACCUUCCUGGAUCGAACUGGCACAGUGGAGAGGAAGAGGCAGGAGAGAAUGAAAAAGGCGGGCAAGGUUGAGGAGCGGCCUGAGACCUAUGAGUCACUGGUGGCCAAACUGGCCGAGGUGGAGAAGGAGCUGGCAGAGACUCAGAAAAAGCUCAGUGGUGUUAAAGGGGACGCCUCCGGCUCCUCCACUGAGGACCCGCUGGAUGCUUUCAUGACUGCGGUGCGAAGUGAGGCAGCGAUGGACGCUGUGGAGCGCAGGAAGCUUCACGUGCACGUGGCAGAUUUACGCAAAGAUGCUCAGAGGCUCCGCAAACUGGUGGAACUCACACGGCCCGCACAGAUGCCCUCACUGCAGCCGAGUGGUAGCUCAGAGUCAGAGAAACCUAAGAAAGUCUUGCCGCUGUUUGGAGCCAUGAAGGGAGGAAGCAAAUACAAACUGAAGACCGGCACCAUUGGGAGGUUGCCUCCAAAGCGCCCCAACUUACCCGCAGAGCUUUUCAACAUGAAAGAACUUCCACCCAGUGGAGAAGAGGAGGAAGAGGAGGAAGAGGAGGAGGAGGCAGAGAAAAAUGAGGAUAAAGAGUGUGAAACUGUUACUGAGACUAUUGUUGACUCAGCAGAGUCCAGUACAUCCAUGUCUCAAGAAAGCGCUCCCUCGGGGCAGAAAAGACAGCCGCCAGCACAGAUCCAAGAGCCAAGAGAGCAAAGCCACAAACAGAGGGGAGGUGAGCAGUCUGCUGGAGCGGUGGAGCAGGUUCCUAAACAGAGAAGCAACAAGGCCCCAUCGAGUCCAGAGGCCAAAGCAGGAGGCGACAGAGAGCCAGCAGCAGAACCCAGCCCCAGAAAGAAGGAGAAGAAGAAAGUGAUUGGCCCCAGCAGGCCACCAGCGCAGCUCUCAGGACAGUACCCAGAGGACGACCCAGAUUAUUGUGUGUGGGUGCCUCCUACAGGUCAGACCGGAGAUGGACGCACACACCUCAACGACAAGUACGGCUACUGAGGGAAAACAGAAGAGAGAGAGCUCUUGUGUCUCUCCUCCACCAGCUUUUAUACUGCAGAUAAUACCUGCAACACAAAGCCUCCAGUCUCCUUAGCUCUGACCAUUUUAACCCUCUCUACUCAUCCCAGUCCCUGUGUGUGGCACAGACCAGGGGCUCGCAGAGGAAUAACGCUGCACCUUUCAACAUCUUUUGGGGGAUAUUUACAUUCUCAGACCACCAUAAACAAAAUGCGCACCACUCCGAUCCACGUUAAACUGGCAAGCUGUGGGAGCAGACACUGGGCAGUCAGCCUGCUGGCACUUUUCACCCAUUGCAAUAAUAGAGAGUGGUUGCACUUAAUUUGGUCCUUUUUUAAAAUUUGAAUUCUAUAUCAUCCAAGCAGAAAAUACAAAGAGACAGAGCAGGGAGCGGUAACUGAUCUGAAUUCUGGUCUUUGGCUGCUCCCCUCGCAGUUAAAUCCACCUGACAUCCAAUCUGUAUCCCUCCCCUAUUUGGCUUCAGUCGAUCGCUGGCAUAACCUUUUUUUCUUUUCCAAAGGAGAGUGUGUAGCAGGGAGGGAGAAAGAGGGAGAGCAUUGAAGCAGCUUUUCUGACCAUCUGGACACUUGGAUGGCUUACUGGAUGAAACGCAAGCUGAUAAUGACUCAAGCUAAGUGGAGUGUGUGUCCGCGUCUAUACCAACACACACACACAGAGCCCAACCUUCUCGAAGUUCUCUUUUUAACAAGAUUGUCUUUACGAGUGAGUCAGCUAUUGGUGUGUUUGCCUAGAGCAGGAUUCCUCGCUCUGUGAAAUCCCACUCAGUGCUGUUCUGUUGGUUUACUGCCAUACUCUCCACCCUCUUUCCUGUCGUCUUUUCUCAAAACAAGUUAAAAGCUGUAUUUUGUUAUAUAAAUGUAUAAUAAAAGUGUCUGUACAUAGCCA